GAACUGAUGAGUAGGAUUUUGUUAUCACACGCUUUCACAAAAUCUAUUGUUUUUGAUAAAAAUGCUUUAUCUGCCUUCUCAAUGAAAACUAGUUAAAUUCAAACAUGUAUUUUAUGGAAAAUAUAUGUUGCCGUGCUGCCUUGUUGACAACAUGACUGAGCGGCUCAGAUUACUGUUUGAUUUGAGAGGGCGCGCCUCCCUCCCCGCUUUCGCCAGAUGAUGAUACAACCCGAGCCAACGUAAUAAACAUUUGGUUCCGUCUGUCUGAGUCAGCUGUAGCUGGUCCCCUCCAGUGGCUGACGUGGGAUAUUUUCUUUUAGGAACAGCCCCUGCUUGUUUGCCAUUGGUUUCUUUUAAAGACUUGUUGUGCCAUUAUACGUAUUUUCUAAUGGUGUUUAAAACUCGUUUUUUUUGGGCUAAGAGAAAUGUGUUCUUCAUCAAAAAUAUUAUUCGUAUUUAUUUUAAAACCGGAAGUACGAAGAUACGUUUUUCCUUGACAACCAGCGAUGCGUUCUUAGCGACUGCCUCAGAAUGGCAAAAAUGAUUGGUGCUAAGAAAUCAUUGUGGCAACAAGUCUGUGAAGAAUAUGAGUCGGAGCAGCCCAGUCCACCCAGCGCUGCUUGGACAGACAGUGGUUCAGUGAGCACUCAUGUCUCCCAGUACAGCGCCAGCAAGCACUCUCCUGUCUUCUAUGGUCUCAUGGCAGCUAAGGUUGUUGUGGAUGAUGAUCCUGUGAAGCAUGUUGACCCUCUUCUGAGCCACCCUGCCCUUGCUGGAUACUCUGCCUUGGACAAACCUCCAUCCUUCUGUCACAGACAGCCUCUGACCACACACCUUGCAACCACUCCCCAGCUCCAUCAACGCCCAAUCACCCAGUUCCUGGAGGGGUCCGUGUUCCCAGUGCUACUGCCUGGACUGGAGGCUAUGCUGAGAGAGGCCCAGAGACAACACUGCCUGGAGGUACUGGCACUAGGCCUAUAUCACACAAUAACACUAACAUGAUAUAAUGGCAAUUUACUAGAUAUCAAUGUGGCCCUGCAGAACACUACAGACCACCAAACUACAAUACACUACAGUAUUUUAAUAGUUUGCUUCCCCUGACUACUACAUAAACAACUUUGAAUUAUAGAGUGACAUGAUGUAUGAUCACCUCUUCUGAAAUAUUGUCUCUAACAUGUGAUGAAUCCCGACACCCAAAACUAGUACUAGGACUCAUUUAAUCCGACUUCAAGCACUGAUUAUACUAUGAUAAUGAUGAUUAUACUGUAUCCUACUUCUGUAGAGCUCUGCAGAUUAUUACACUACAGUAACACUGUGAUCCUUUUACCUGUUUAAGAGGAAAAUAACAGCAUUCAAUGCUUGUGACUUCCUAACUGAGUGGCUGUACAAGUAAGACUGCCUGCAUGCCCCCUUUGCUCUUCCAUUCUCAGUUGAUUUAGUAAAAAUCUUUGACAAUGUCUCUGAACUUUCUGCCACCUCUUUAUCUUCUGAGUGCUAAGCCAUUGCUUUUACCAUUUGAAAAAGGUCUGUCUCUAAAAAUGGAUUGGUGUUACGCAACUAAGACUGUAGUUUGUCUUUGUGUGAAACUAAGCUUAAUAUUCUGUCUGCUACGGUCUGUUCCAAAGCCUUUUCUUCUCUCUCACUGCAGUCGGAACCCCACCCGGCAGGGACAGGCCCCUGUGGACUUCCAUGAGAUCCCAUUUGUCAAGGACUGGCUCAGAAUACAUCCCAGGCCUCCCAUCCCUCUCUCCCUACUGCUGUCAGACCAGCAGGCUGCUGUUCUCAUCCAGUCCUUCUGGCGGGGCUAUACCGUGCGGGCCCGUGCAGAUGUGCAGGAGCUGCGCCAGUGGCAGAGGGAGCUUAGAGAGGAUAAAACAGUCCAAGAUUUCUGGGCUCACCAGGAGAGCCAGGUGAGCUCGGCCCUCAAUGACCUCAGGGGGGACUCUACCACCCCUCAGACCCCUCAGCCCGGCGGUGGGUACUCCAACUCAGACGUGUCCAUCCAGGUGGUCUCCCCCACCCCCCAGAGCACCGUGGUCCACACCCCCACCUCCCAGAUGAGUCCUGAGAGCACCGAGUCGCUGACCCCCAGCCUGCAGGGAGUAGAGGAGCUGACCAGGGAGGAGAGGACACUAACUGACUCACUGACCCUGCCCGAGGCUGCUGCUGCUGCCGCCGCGGCUUUAGCCACUGCUAUGAAUACCUUUUCCCCAUCCUUAGGGAGCCACUGAAAGGCCAUAGAGGCUGAGGCAAUGUGUGUCCCAAAUGGCACCCUAUUCCCAAUACCAGAGCUGCCAAAUCCUGGUCUGAAAAUACAGUGGCUUGCGAAAGUAUUCACCCCCUUGGCAUUUUUCCUAUUUUGUUGCCUUACAACCUGGAAUUAAAAUAGAUUUUUUGGGGGGUUUGUAUCAUUUGAUUUACACAACAUGCCUACCACUUUAAAGAUGGAAAAUAUUUUUUAUUCUGAAACAAACAAGAAAUAAGACAAAAAAACUUUUGCAUAACU